AUCAACAAAGUGUACACUAGUGGCACCUGCUGGUCAAAAUAAGUAUUUUCCUAUUCUACUGAAACGAAUACCAAACCAAUCAGGUGGUUAUUCGACAAAACACAUCUUCGGAGGUCAUUGAUAAAGUGUUUCCGAUAAAGCGAUACAAAAUCUGCACACUGCUUAACGAUUUCGAUGCAUGACUCAGAGCUCCCGGUAUCAUCUUAUCUCCAUACAUGUUUAUGUUUUCAAAACUAGAAUCAGUAACAGAGUGUACUGCGUUUUGUAGACUUUAUUUACCAUUUGCCAAAGUUUCUAAAAAUGCUGUUGUUUAGGAGUGCAGGGCCGAAUUGAGUUAUUGCACACGCGCACUGCACAGAGUUGUCGUUUUCUAGCAGAAAUAUGCAAAUAAAUGCUAGAACCUUGUUUGUUCUUUGAGUAAUUUGCUCCCAUUGGAAACAGAAGGCCAUAUUGUAGCUUGGUUAUAUCUAACAAUUACACAACAACUACCUAAUACACACAAAUCUAAAGGGAUGGAAUUAUAAAGUAGCCUACGUUUAUAAAAUUUUUUUUUUGUUGUACCCUGUUAUUUUCCGUUAUCAGAGCCAGCUGGAAAUACUAAAUACUUUACCGUAAGUACUACUAUUUGGUUGGCUAGCGCAAUUGAAUUGUUGUCUAUGAUGAGUAAGUACAUUUGCAUUAUUUUGUGUAAUAUUGAAACCGGGAGUUCUGUGAUUGAAAAGAUAGACAUUGGACAUGCUUCUACCCUUUUGCACCUCGGGUAUCGUCGUUUCGAUAAUAUAUAGCCAUCAUAGUUUUUUACGCGUUGGCCUCAAUCAUUACGGUACAAUUCUAUGGUGACGUUCUUUCUGAUUUCGUAGCCACAAUGAAAUAUCAUAUAACAGCUACAGUGAGUUAGAACACAAUAAGUAGCUAGCUAGAUUCAUCAGCCGACUACUACACAUAUAGCUACCGCUAACGUUACUAGUUAGUUAGCUAACGUUAGCUAAGUUACAGUGAUACCGCCACGUCUUCUUAACCUCCCACUGGGCUACUGAGUGACCCUUUACAAUGGCCGCUGAAAGAAAACGUAAGCGAUCGGGCAUCGAAGAUGUGAGAGACAGAAAAGRAAAGGUUAUUAAAGACAGCGGUGAGAAGAGACACAUCGCAGCCCUGAUCCUSGCGAGGGGAGGCAGUAAGGGGAUCCCCCUGAAGAAUAUCAAAAUGCUAGCCGGUGUCCCGCUCAUUGGAUGGGUUCUCAGAGCUGCAGUGGACUCCAAACAGUUUGACAG